GUUGAUGAGAUGCGGGACACCUUCAUUCCUCACAUCCUUGAUGAUCAUGGUUGGCGACAGAUGGUGACACACAUGAGACAGACCCACAUUGAGAAAGUCUAUGAGUUCCAAACUCAUAUUCACUAUGUGAGCAUUGAGCAUGAGAGAUUAUUCACCUAUGUUCAAGGUAUUAUCUUCGAG